CAAAACAAAGAAAGAAAAGAAAGCAAAGAAAGAAAGAAAAGCAAAGAAAGAACAUGAUGAGUAACUUUGAAUCAAAUGAUAUAGUAGUACCUCCUUCAUUCGAUCAACCCAUUCAAUCCAACCACCACAACCCAAACCAACACCAUCAUCAAAAGAAUUCAGUUCAAUUUCCAACUCCACCUGAUUCAGCAAUCUCAUUAACUUAUUCAAAUCAAUCUACUUCAAUUCCAACUUCAGCUGUCUUAAUCGAUAAAUAUCUAACAGCUUAUUCAAAUCAACUUAUCUCAGAUUCAUCUCAUCAAGAUCAACAACAAAACACCAUUGAAUUCCCUUUAUCAUCUUCUACUACUCUCAAACGAAAAGCCGAUGUUCUCUUACCUUCAAGUUCUUCUAAACAUCUUACUAAUCCUAAUAUCAAUCGUAGGACAGAUGAACCGAUUCGUGCAAUGCAUCGUUGGUUAAUCAGAACGUAUGAAUCAGAUCAAAGUAGUGUGGUACCUGAAAUCGAUAUUAGAGUCAAAUUUAAAGGUUUAUGUGAUAGAUUAGAACGUACAAGAAUGAUUCAUUUGGAUCCUGAACCCAUGGAAUUAGUUAAAGAAGUCUUUCCUGGAGUAGCUCAAGAAAUUAGAGUCAUGCAAGGUUCGAUUAGAUCAAAUGAAGAACAUGUGAUACGUGGACUUAGGUACAGAAGGAGGGUAGAUUCAGAUUGUCUUGCUCAAUUAGAUUUAAGAAGUUCGAUUCCACUCGAAUUACAUUCAAGUCAAUUAAUCGAAGCCUUACGUGAAAGAGUUAAUGAAUUAGAAGAUGAAUUAGAAUUCGAAACUGAGAUUAACAAACGAGCCAGAUUGAUGAGUUCAAGACGUGAGAGUGAUGAGAUGAUCCGUCAAACCGGUUCUUCUAGUUUUACCAUCGAUGCUCAAAGUGAUCAUUCGACGAAUGCUACUUCAGUUCAUUCCAUUGAUACUUCUUCUAUGUCUUUGGCUGAAAGGAUUUGGACUAGACUGAAGAUCGAAUGUCGGGCUAGUAAUGUUCGUUUUGAGGAAGGAAAAAAAGUGACGAUCUCAUGGUAUGACGAAGUACAAGAAGCCGACUUCAAUGCCAUAGUCCCAUUCCAAACCUCCAUCAAACCCAAUCGAAAACCACAUUCCAUCAGAAUCAUCAACUUAACAUCCGAACAAAUCAAUGAAGAACUCUUUUCGUUUAAUUCAGGUCUCGGUUUAGUUGGAAAUCAUUGGACAUACUUGAAAAACAAAGGUAAAAACAUUUAUCUUUUAAAGAAAAACUUUAAGUGUGUUGGUUUGAUGGAUGUGAAAGCCGAAGAAGGUGUGGUGACUUAUUCUUCUCAAACUUCUCAAGCAACUUUUAAUUUUUCGGUUGGAUUAACUAAUUCGUCUGCAGCUUCAUCAUGAAGAUGAUCAAGGAGAAACAAAACUUUUUAAAAAAUCUUGAUGGAAAUCAAAAAAGCCACAAAACCAAACCAAACCAAAAACCAAACCAAAACAAAACAAAACAAAACAAAAAGCCCAGGUUAUUUACCUUUUUCAAAGGAUUUUGUUGUUUGAUGAAAAAUCAAUAAUUUCUUUCAAUUCCUUCUCUUUACGUUUUCUUUUCUUUUCGAAUUCUUCGUUUUUUUUUUCUCAUUCUAAUCUACGAUGAUGUGUGAAUCCUUUGUUUUUUUUUGCGCUUCUUAUUCACGAUUAUCAUGACUUUCAUUUAUUUUUUGAUUCCUUGAUAUAUUUAGUAAGAUCUAUGUUUGUGUUUGUGUGGUUUGUGUGUUUUUGUGUUUUUGUUUGGGGUUUUCAUUUUUUUUCAAAACUAUUUUUGGUUUUUUAGAUUGGAUUUGGAUGAAGAAAAAGAAGUAUUGGGACUUGGAGUGAAUGUGAUUUUCAUUUGUUUUCAUUCUUUUGAGUGUAUUUUUUUGUUUUUUAGUUUUGAGUUUAUUUGAGAUUAGAUUUUCAAGGGGAUCAGAAAAAAGGGUGAAAAAGAAGAGUUAAAAUGGUAAGAAAUGGAAAAUGAAAUGAAAUGGAAGAUGUGUUGUGUGUUGUGUGUUGU